CCCGCGAUCCGCCCUCACCCACGUGAUGCCAACGCUGACCAGGGUUUGCUCUGGGGCGGCAUCGGAGCUUGGCUCUGUCCUGGCAAACCCGGACCUUCCCACGACCCAGCUCCUAUUCCGAGGGCUCGUCCAUCUAUUUAAAGCACACGGAGAAGGGGAAAAAUGCACUGGGAGCGUCGCGCGUGCGCGGGGGGGGGACGGCGCCAAAUAUUCCGUCUGCCUUAGAGGCCGAUAGCCAGGGAUCCCACGGCUCCUCGGUUCGGUUGUUUUCCUUCCCCGUUUUAGCAAGACAUGCCUGCAGACUCUCGGACCCUUAUUAGGGGUUAGAAAACCGUCUGCUGGGUUGAGGGAGUAAAUCGAGCCCUUGAAAAACAACAACAACAAAAAAAGAAAAAAGCAGGAACAGGGCGAGUUUCUCCCCGUAGGAAAAAGCGUCACCAGCCAGAGCAGCCGAAACUUUGGGAUGGGAGCUCGGAGCCGGCCGUGCCGGGGGGAAGGGGAAGACAACAGCGAGGGACCAACAAGCAACCGGGAGCCGAACCACGCUACAGGAAGCCGUGGCCUCCGGUGAUAAAUAGGAGACCCGGGAGCACAGGAUGCGCGUAGGGCGAGCUCGGCGGGACGAGGGGAUGUGAGCCGGCGUUGCCGAGUCCCUGCGUCCGUGUGUCCGUCCGUCCGUCCAGCCGGAGGGAUGGCCGUGGCCCGGCUGCUGCUGCUGCUGGCUCUGGCGGUGCCGGGCUCCGGCGGGGAGGAGGCGGAGGUGGUGUGUGCCGACAGCGCCUGCUACACCCUGCACCGGGACGAGCUGGACUGGAAGGGCGCCCAGGAGCGCUGCCGGCACAACGGCGGCAACCUGGCCAGCGUGGGCGGCCCCGGCGAGGCCGCGCGGCUGCGGGAGCUGCUGGAGGCGGCCGGGGCCCACGGCCCGGCCUGGAUCGGGCUGUGGCUGCAGCGGGGCCACUGCGUCCAGCCGCAGGAGCCGCUGCGGGGGUUCUCCUGGGUGGCCGGAGGGACGCCCGGCAACUUCUCGGCGUGGGCGUCGGAGCCGUCGAUGACCUGCACGAGCGCCCGCUGCGCCAGCCUGCGGCCCCCCGGCCCCCACGGCCCCGCCGGCUGGGCAGACCGGCCCUGCCGCCUCCCGCUGCCCGCCUUCCUCUGCAAGUUCAGCUUCCAGGGAAUGUGCGGCCUCCUGCCGCUGGCCGGGCCCGGCCGGGUCACCUACGGCACCCCCUUCGGGGUGCGCAGCUCCCGGCUGGCGGCCGCGCCCUUCGGCACCUUGGCGGAGGUGGAGUGCGAGGGGGGCCGGAGCCCGGCCUUCGCCCUCUGCAAGGGGUCGCUGGACGGGGGGGGCUUCGCCUGGGACCCCCCCGGGCCCCUGUGCCCCGUGGCCUGCGCCCACCGCAACGGGGGCUGCCAGCACCGCUGCCUGGAGGCGCCCGGGGAGCCCCCGCGCUGCUCCUGCCACGCCGGCUACUCCCUGGCCGCCGACAUGGCCUCCUGCGUGCCCGAGGAUUCCUGCCACCCCAACCCCUGCCAGGGCACCUGCCGGGCCCGCCCCGGCGGCUUCGAGUGCGGCUGCGAGGCCGGAUACGCCCUGGCCCCCGACGGCCGGAGCUGCCUGGAUGUGGAUGAGUGUCUGUCCGGGCCGUGCCAGCACCAGUGCCACAACCUCCCCGGCUCCUUCCGCUGCGCCUGCCGGCCCGGCUACCAGCGCCAGCCGGGCGGCGAUUCCUGCCUGGAUGUGGACGAGUGCCUGCGGGAUCCCUGCCCCGGGCCCUGCCGCAACUUGCCGGGGGGCUACGAGUGCCUGUGCCCGCCCGGCUUCCUCCCGGAGGAGGAGGAGGAGGGGGGGGGACGCGGCUGCCGCGCCGCCGCAGCCACCGCCGCCGGAGAGGAGCCCGCGGAGGUCCCCGACGGCCCGACGGGGACCCCGAGCAUCCCGCCGAGCAUCCCGCCGAGCACGGGCGCCCCGUGGACCGCGAGAACCCCGCGGAGCACCGGCGCCUCGGGGACCACGAGCAUCCCGCGGACUCCGGGAAUGCCCGCCGGGGUGACCCCCACAGGGGCGGAGGAGGGAGCGGCUCCUCCCGGCCCCGACGAGCACAGCGCCGACGGCCCGCGGCUGCUCCUCUAUUACAUCCUGGGAAGCCUGGUGGCCAUCCUGCUCCUGCUGGCCUUCGCCCUGGCCCUCGUGGCUUGCAGGAGGAGGGCCGCCAAGAAGGAGAAGCGGCCGGCCAAGAGCGCGGCGGAUAAUUAUUGCUGGGUGCCCGAGCAGCCCGAGAGCCGCGGGCAGGGCGGGGAGCGCAGGUAGGAGGGAGGCGGGGGAGCGCGGGGGGACCGAAAGUGGAGAUAAAAGGGAGGGGGGGAUGCUGUUUGUUCAGGGUGCGACUGUGCUGCCGCUCCAAGGGAAGAGUUAACCGUGGGGGGGAGGAGGAAUGGGGUGGGAUUUGCCCGCCAGGGCUUCUCCUCGACUCUUCUUCGGGACCUCGCCGCGCUCCGAAAAGGCAAAUUACGGCUGUGGUUCGGACUCCUAAAGGAAAACUGUUCGUUUCGAGUUCUCCUGCAGCCCUUCCCCACCCUGUCCUUUGCCAUCCCCAAAGCAUUGCUCCCCCCCACCCCCCCUCACGGCUGCUUUCCACCCUUGGAUUUGCUUUGUUCUCUUGGAAAAGGGCUUGAAAUUCGGAUGUGUCUCACCGGG